AUGGAGAUCAUGCUGGGCCAAAGGCACCUCAGGGAGAGCAACAGCCUGUGGCCCGGCUCUCCAGAGUCCCUUUAUAGGGGGCCCUGGUGGCUCCUGGAGGUUCCCCUGAAAAGGCAAAGGGGGCCUGGGGAGGCUGCAACAGCCUCAAGCUACAGCCCUGCUCAAAGACUUCAGAGCUUUCCCCAGAGCCCCUGCCUAGAAUGUGGGCUGCCUGUCCUUCCCUCUCCAGAGCUAGCUGAGCAGCGGGCCUCCAGCUUUGGCUCUGAGCUCUGUGGCAAAGGCCCCGGGGCGCCUCCUGAGACAGGCCCAAACUUUCGGGUGGCCCCCCCACACCCCCUUUGUGUCCAGGGGCUGGAGAGGGCCUUCCUCCGGGGUGCUGCCCCCUUCUUCCUUGUCCUGCCUUGCAUGGGACCCGGGGAAUGCUGCCAGCUGGCCCCCCCUGACCCUCCUGACCCAUGCAUGAGGUCACAACGGGGGCCUCCUGGCUGUGUUACGCCUGGGAGGCUGCCCCUUCUUAGCUCAGCUGUCCCAGAGAGCCAUAGCCAGUCUGCCCUCCCCGCAGAGAGUAUCCUGGCCCUCCUCCAGCAGCCCCCUCCACCCCCACCCCAGAGCCCUGAUCUUCAGGCGCACCGAGACUCCCUGAGCCCAAUGAAACCCCGGAAACCCUCACCAGGUGGGGCCCCGGCCUGGGGGGCUGCAGGGCUGCAGGGGAGCCCGCAGGGGCCGGCCAGCCCCCAGCUCCGGCCUGCUUCCUCCCUGCUCGCAGUUGUCCAGCCCGGAGAGCUCCACCUGCCGGAGGAGGAAGUGGAAGCGGAACUGUCGUUCCCGCUGUGCUUCCCCAAGCCUGGCCCUCUACAGAGAGCCAUGGCGGAGGGCAACUACCCGCCCCUACCCGCCCCUCGGGCCCCUCACGGCCAUGUUCGAGAGCGACUUUGUGCAGGACGAGAGCGCCCCGAUGUCCGCAGCGGAGGCCCCCCCCAAACGGAAGGAGGUGGCCUUCCCUCCCCAGUACCCAUCCCAAGGACCAAGGGGAGCCCGGCCUGGACCGGGGACAAAGCACUGCACUACCCGGGGCCGCUCUCCCAAGUGAUUGACCAGCAGAGCGCCCCGGCCCUCCCGGAAGUGAAGUCGGAAGUGAUGUCGAGAGCGGAAGCCGCCCACAUGCCCUUUGGUCCCAGCAGAAGCUCCCAGUCAGGAGAGAAGAGGAGCGGAAGUGGGCGUGGCCCCAAGCUGGCUGAGGGAGAAGGGGGGGAGGGGAAGGGGCGGGGGCGGGCACAAGGGCCUGGAGGAGAGGGAGGGCUGGUCCUGGACACCCAGCAGGCCAGAGUGCGGUGGGUUGCUUCCCUAGAUCAGAGCCCAGACUUUUCGGGAGGAGCACCCCGGGGAGCCUAGUGGAAGUGGAAGGGCACCCGAGCGUCACCAUCCGGACCCUGUUCUCCACAAUUUCCGGGUCUCACCUGUCUAAGGCUGCCGCACCAUUGGAGACGUCCUCUUCAGGGCCCUCCAGGCCACCCUCCCAAGAGCACCCCCAGGAGCGGGGCACUGCCAACAAGCUGCCGCUUCCCCAAGAGCAGCCGCAGCCCCAAGAACUCCCCCAAGACCAG